AUGCUCUUGAUUACUCUAUCAACCACUCUCCUCUUCCUCUCCCUCCACCUUUUCCUUGCAUCUGGUGUACCUCUUCUCUCAGCAGGAUUUCCAAUGGAUGAUGAAAAGCAAUGGAUCCUUGCUGGUUUAUCACUCAUCAGACGUCUAGAUUGCAAUCAUGUAACUAGUAUCUCAUCCCAGGAAUGUAUGAAAAUCCGCAUCUCUCCAGCUUCCAGAUUUGUUGCCUACUUGGCUUCAAGAGAAGCUGGGAGUUCUACUCAUCUCCGGUUGAGUCAUCCUGAACUUGGAGACGAAAUUUCAUCCCAAGAUCAUGAAAAUUUAACAGGAGUUUUAGUUCUGGAUCCGCUAGCUGACAGAGCAUUUGGCCAUCCUCUAUUUAUUUUCCGGAUUGUCAAUAUCGGGGGAAGUCAUGAUGAACAACCGAGGAAAUGUCUAGACAAACGUGGAUUACUUUACAAAAAUGAAUGCAUCCAUCAGGAUGUAAAACCAGACUGUCCCUUCAUCUUCCCGUCUGCUACCCAACAAGAUAAUGACCCCAAAUCCCUGCUGCCAGGCAAUCAAGUCUGUGAAUAUCAAUUCUUGCCGAAAGUCACGUCAAGUGAGGAGCCGGGACGAAAUCUUUUGCAAUGCAUUCCACAUGCAUCCCCGUGCGUAUCAAAUUCGCACCAAAGACAAAGGCGAAAACGACUUUACCGGAGGCGAGUCAUUAUUCCGACCUAUGGAAAUCCUAUUUGGAACCGAGAUCCACAAUGGUUAAAUCCGUUAACUAGACGGGAAUCGAGCAAUUCAAUUCUACCUCCUCGAACUGUACGGCAUUCACCUUUAUUGGAAUUCAAUCAGCGUGCUCCUAGCGCUGAAGAGGAUUCAAUUUGCUCUUCAUAUGAUCGAUGUGAUCACGCUUUGAUUCUAACCAGUAAAUUUGGAGAUAAGGAGAGCGUAGAUAGUCACCUUUCCGGUCACUCACAGAGACGAAAUUUAUUUGAUAAAUUGCGUUCAUUGGGUUUUGCUUCACGAUUUCUCUCCGUAUUUCCACCCGAAGUCAGACCACGCACAGAAUAUCAUGUCUUUGACCUUCCAAACAAAAUUAAAGAUCCUCAACAAAACGUGUCAAUCAAAUCAUCCUUUCGAUCACGCCUGCAAAAACUAUGUCACACACCAAGAUGUGUCUCAACGCUGUUUAUUUACUUAAACAACUUCGUACUUCCAAAUGGUGACAUGCAAGUUGGGGGCGAUAGUCUUACGGAUCCGAAUUCUCGCUACAGUGUGUCCGAAUUCCUCUCUGAUCUCAGUGGUUGCCAAGCCUCUUUGAUAUUUGCAGUGAUUGAUCAGAAUUUCGGUGGAAUUUUAUUAGAAGGAUUGAAAUCGCGACCGAUGGAAUUUGGAAAUCUAUUUCUCCUUAGCGCCACACGACAGGCUAAUGCGUUACAAAGAGAACAAUCCAAUGUAGAGCGGCCACUAUCGGAAUUCUUUUACCCUCGACACUACGCCUUUCGAUUAGGACAUUAUGGACUCUAUGGAGUCGCAAAUCUUCUAACUCAUGCCAUAGAGAACCUACCUCUUUCGCAAAUGGUUGUUGGAGACAUUGAAAAGCGAAUAAAAUCACUAUAUCCUCAUCUUGAACUCGGUUCCUUCUAUGGCAAUCGAAUACAAACUCACUCCACCGCGCUCUUCAGUAAACCCGUAGCAACCAAUCCUCGCGAAGGUGGCUUUCUUCAAGGCCGAUUAAGUGGCCAAUCACGUUCUUCGACAACGCCGAGGCAGUAUAUUGCAGGGUGUGUGAGUUUAUCACCCAUUGAUUGGCUGCGGAACUACCUUCCUUCUGCAGACCAAGUUCAACGACAUUGA